AUGCAGGGGCUGAAGAGCCCUCGCCCAGCUUUCGCGCUGAUCGUCGGGGAUGGGAAGUGUCGCCUGCGGCUGCUGACGCUUCAAACGAGAGCUACGUGGCGUCUCCGUGGUCACCGCAGCUCUUCUCUGUUGGAGACGCCCAGCCCAGCUGGCCUUCCCCUUGAUCCACCGCCAAGCGGCCGCAGCCCUACACUGCGCGCCUCCUCCAAAAUCACGGCCGACUCCCUACUUCCAGCUCCACUGGCCUUCGGGGGCCGCUGCUCCCGGAAGUGCCUUCCCGCGGGGAGGAGGAGCGGACGGCUGCUCCCGGAAGUGCCGGCCGGCAGGGUGGGCGUGGCGAGCCGCCGCACCCGGAAGUGGCGGCCCGCAGGCGGGGCUGCGGCUGCCACGUUGGAGCGGAGCGUGGAGGUGGCCCUGGGCCGCGGAGGAGGGGCGGCGGCGGCGGAUCCGGGGAGAGUCCGACGUUCUCCGGCUGACGCAGGACAGGUCGCGGAGGUCCGCCAGGUGUGUCUGCCGUUCGGUUCCUGCCCCUCGCCAGGUUCGGUGUCCGCUGCCGAGGCCCGAGGCCCGCUCUCCGCUGACGGCGCGCCCCUGUCUCGUUUCGGCCCCGCCAGGACAACGUCUGGAGUCGCCGCCGCCCGGUGA